UGAUCAAAGCACCGCAAGUCCUGGAUUUGUACAACCAUAUACACCCGUUGAUCCUCGUGAGCGUUAUCCCAACACGGAUACAUACUAGGCGGCCGACAGCACUCAUUACUGCCGCUGCCACAAGUCUUUCGUUUUCAUGGUUCCUCAAUUAUAGCCCUCACCAUGCCAGCAAUACCACCCUCCCAACUCAUUUCCCUGCAAUCCAACUCCCAAAAUAUAAGAAACAUUUGUAUCCUAGCCCAUGUUGACCACGGCAAGACCUCACUGACCGACUCCCUCAUCGCCACUAAUGGCAUCAUAUCGCCCAAGAUGGCGGGAAAAGUCCGCUAUCUGGACUCGAGGCCGGACGAGCAAAUCCGUGGUAUCACUAUGGAGAGCAGCGCAAUCAGUUUAUAUUUUAGCAUGAUGCGCCGAGCGCAGGAGAACGACUCGCCGAAGAAGGAGGAAUACUUGAUCAAUCUGAUCGACAGUCCUGGACAUAUCGAUUUUUCCUCCGAAGUGUCUACUGCCUCAAGACUGUGCGAUGCUGCGGUUGUGCUCGUGGAUGCGGUGGAGGGAGUAUGUUCCCAGACUGUGACGGUGCUACGACAGGUAUGGAUUGAGAAACUCAAGCCACUCCUGGUCAUAAACAAGAUCGAUAGACUGGUUACGGAGUUGAAAAUGAGUCCGGCCGAAGCCUACUCACACCUGGAAAGGGUUCUUGAAGGCGUGAACGCUGUUAUUGGCGGCUUCUUUGCCGGCGAGAGAAUGGAAGAGGAUCUGUUGUGGAGAGAGAAGUUGGACCAGAAACGUGCUGCGAAAGAGCAGCAGAAGCAGGAUGCGUUAAGCGAGACCACGACCGAAUCUGAUCUAGAUCAACAAUUCGAAGAACGAGACGAUGAAGACUUGUACUUUGCGCCGGAGAAGAACAAUGUCAUUUUUGCGAGCGCCAUUGAUGGAUGGGCAUUUACGGUCCGUCAGUUCGCUAGUAUCUACGAAAAGAAACUGGGCAUCAAGAGGUCGGUACUAGAGAAGGUACUCUGGGGGGACUUCUACCUGGAUCCCAAAACAAAGAAGGUAUUGGGCCAGAAACACUUGAAGGGAAGGAACCUUAAACCUAUAUUUGUUCAGCUCGUGCUCGAUCCGAUUUGGCAAGUCUACAAUGCAACGGUGGGCGUCAGUGGUGAGCGUGGGGAUCUUGCGCUACUGGAGAAGAUCACAAAGUCACUGUCGAUUAAACUACCACCACAUAUUGCGAAGUCUCGAGAUCCCAAGACCAUACUGCAAGCUGUGUUUGCGUCAUGGCUGCCGUUGUCGACGGCCCUACUCGUCUCGGUGAUCGAAUACUUGCCCAGUCCACCCAGUGCUCAGGCAACAAGAAUGCCGGAGUUGAUCGAAGACUUGGUCAGUACGAGGUAUAUCGACGAUAAGGUCAAAGAGUCGAUGGUUGGUUUCAACACCGAGGCAGCGGCACCCGUGGUGGCAUAUGUCAGCAAGAUGGUAGCGAUUCCGGAGAGUGAACUACCCUCGAAGAGGAGGAAACUUGGGGCAGCACUCACAGCAGACGAAGCAAGAGAGCUUGCUAGACGCAAGCGUGCAGAAAUCGCCAAGGCACAGGCCGAAGCUGAAGGUAGCAGUGACAUGGAUGGAAUUACCAAUGGUAUAAGAAAUACCAGGAUAGGUGAAGAGGUCGAAGAUGACGUGACGCCCGAGCAACCUGAAGACCCAGAGCAUCUGAUUGGGUUCGCGCGGUUGUUCUCAGGCUCAUUAUCAGUCGGGGACGAGGUUUAUGUUUUGCCGCCGAAAUUCAACCCUGCAUUCCCACACGCAUCGCCUGAGCCGAAGAAAGUGCCUAUCACAGCUCUGUAUCUUCUAAUGGGUCGGUCGCUAGAGCCGUUGGAGAAGGUUCCUGCCGGUGUCGUAUUCGGCAUUGAAGGCUUAGAAGGACACAUCCUCAAAACUGGUACGUUAUGUUCCCAGAUCGAAGGCGGUGUCAAUCUCGCGGGAGUGUCGACUCUAAGCCAGCCUAUCGUUCGUGUCGCCCUCGAGCCGACAAACCCAAUGGAUCUGAACAAGAUGAUACAAGGCCUGAAGCUUUUGGAAAAGAGCGAUCCAUGCGCCGUAUACGAGCAGAUGGAGAGUGGUGAACAUGUCAUUCUAACAGCUGGCGAACUUCACCUGGAACGAUGUCUGAAAGAUCUUCGAGAGCGGUUUGCAAGAUGUGACAUCCAACCAGGCGAACCAAUUGUGCCGUAUCGCGAGACUAUCGUGAAGGCGGAGGAGAUGGAGGCACCCAAGACGAAAGAUCCAAGAGGUACAGCACUUGCUGUGACAGCUUCAAAGACAGUGACUGUGAGGUUGAGAGUACGACCGCUUCCUCAAACCGUUACCGAGUUCUUGAUCAAGCAUGGGCCAUCUCUCCGACGGCUGUAUGCUGAAAAGCAGGCUCUAGAGGAUGGUGUCGAGGUGGAAAAAGAGGAAGUAGUAGACCUUGGCAACGAGAUGGGCAAUGAGCGAAGUACCUUGUCACUGCAAGAAUUCAGAAAGCAAUUACAAGAUGUAUUUGAUGAUUUAAAGGAGGACAGGGAAGCCUGGACGAAAGUCAUCUCACGAAUAUGUGCCUUUGGGCCGCGGAGAGUAGGGCCGAAUCUACUCAUCGACGCUACGGGAACAAAUACCUGCAAAAGAUUCCUGCUAGAAUUGGAUGAAGCGAAGGGAAAUGGCGAGAAUGUAACAAACGGACACGACGAUGAUGAAGCAAGUAACGUUAUGACGAAAGCGACGCACGACUUUUCAGACACGAUUGCAUAUGCAUUCCAGCUUGCAACCGCCCAGGGACCACUGUGUCGAGAGCCUACACAAGGCGUCGCGGUUUUCUUGGAAGAAAUAAUCCACCAGCCGGCCGACGAUGCCGAUGCGAGCACUGAAUCUGGACGGUUAACAGGAGAACUCAUCACCAGUGUGCGAGAGAGUAUCCGUUCAGGUUUUCUCGACUGGUCGCCUCGGAUAUUGCUUGCCAUGUACUCUUGCACUAUCCAAGCGACUCCAGAGGUCUUGGGCAAGGUGUACAGUGUACUAACUCGGCGAAGGGGUUCGAUCCUGAGCGAGUCGUUGUUGGAAGGCACACCGUACUUUACAAUCGAGGCGACGCUACCCGUCGCAGAGAGUUUCGGCUUCAGCGAAGAGAUAAGAAAACGAACAUCCGGUCUGGCACAGCCUAUGCUUCAGUUCAUUGGAUUUGAGAUGAUCGACGACGUCGACCCCUUUUGGGUACCAAGGAGUGAGGAGGAAUUGGAGGACCUGGGCGUCCACGGUGAGAGAGAGAACGUGGCGAAGAAGUAUGUGGAUGGCGUGAGACGACGAAAGGGUCUGCUUGUGAGAGCGGCACGCGGUGGGAGAGACGCAGAGAAACAAAAGACUUUGAAAUCGAAUUAGACCAUGUUGGGUGUGACGAGGUAGCCAAAUGACGUUGAUACGAUACCUGCAAAGAAUUGAAUAAAAUGAAGACAUGAAGCAGAC